GCCUCGCUCGCUCGGCGCCCCGCAGGCCCCUCGGGCGGCCCGGAGGCCGCGCGGCAGCGGAGCGGGCGGCCGCCAUGAGCGGCUCCUCGGGCACCCCGUACCUGGGCAGCAAGAUCAGCCUCAUCUCCAAGGCGCAGAUCCGCUACGAGGGCAUCCUCUACACCAUCGACACCGACAACUCGACCGUGGCGCUCGCCAAAGUGAGGUCCUUUGGGACUGAAGAUCGGCCCACGGACCGGCCUGCGCCCCCGAGAGAGGAGGUUUAUGAAUACAUCAUCUUCCGGGGAAGCGACAUCAAGGACAUCACCGUGUGUGAACCUCCGAAGGCCCAGCACACACUCCCUCAGGAUCCUGCCAUCGUGCAAUCCUCUCUGGGCUCUGCCUCCGCCUCGCCCUUCCAGUCGCACGUGCCUUACAGCCCCUUCCGCGGGAUGCCGCCCUACGGCCAGCUGGCCGCCAGCUCCCUGCUCAGCCAGCAGUACGCUGCCUCCUUAGGUCUCGAGAAGCUGGUAAGCCCUCCAGCCUCAGCCGCUGCUUCCAGCCCUAGCUCUUCUCCAUCUCCACAGCCUGUCUCAGAGCUUGACAUGUCCUCAGAGCCACCUCAGCUCACUUCCAAGGGAGCUGGUAUUCCCUCUGUCCCAGCCGGCAAGAGCCCGAUGGUGGAACAGGCUGUCCAGACGGGUUCUGCAGAUAACCUGAGCGCGAAGAAGCUGGCACCUGGCAAGGGCCCCUCGGGGACUCAGCUGGGCAGUCGCCAGGUCCAGCCAAGCAGCAAGACUGUGAACGAGGUCAUCCAGCCAGCAGUGGUACAAGCCCAGGGGCAGGUGAAUGACGAGAACAGACGGCCUCAGCGGAGGCGCUCAGGGAACCGGAGGGCAAGGAAUCGCUCCCGAGGGCAAAGCCGCCCGGCCACGGCCAAGGAGAAUACCAUCAAGUUUGAGGGCGACUUUGAUUUCGAGAGUGCCAAUGCCCAGUUCAACAGGGAGGAGCUUGACAAAGAGUUCAAGAAGAGGCUGAGUUUCAAAGGUCUGGCUUCAGGGAGAGACGACAACGCGGAGAAGGGGGAUGACAAGGACCCGGCUGUGGUGACCCAGAGAGAGGAGCCUCCUGCUGAGGAAGACCUCCUGGGCCCCAACUGCUACUAUGACAAAUCCAAGUCCUUCUUCGACAAUAUCUCCUCUGAGCUCAAGAGCAGUUCCAGGCGGACGACGUGGGCUGAGGAGCGGAAGCUCAACACGGAGACCUUCGGGGUGUCGGGGAGGUUUCUUCGAGGCCGCAGCUCCCGCGGUGGGUUCCGAGGAGGCAGGGGCAACGGGACCCCCCGUCGCAACCCAACUUCACACAGGGCUGGCACUGGCCGGGUGUGAAGGUGCAGCCUGGGGUUCCUGAUGUGUGGGACGGUGGAUGCCACAGCAGCUGCUGCACUUGGGGGAGAAGUGGGUUGCCUUGUUGACUGAGCUGGCAGGCCCUCGCUGCUCAGGCUUGCGUUGAAGUAGCCUUGGACACGUCUGAGUCAGAGCUGCUGUUCUGGACAUGUCCUGGUGACCUCUGGGCGGCGUCCGCCAGCAUUUCCUUUUGAGUUGGCAUUCUUCUCCUUCUAAGGUUUUGAUAUUAUGCUCCUCACUUUGUAACUUUUUUUAUGGUAACUCUGACUUUAAAAGUGGAACCAGAUCUCAUGUGGCACAUGAGCCGGCCAGGCGCGGGCAUCUAUGCCCCCUGCUGUCUCAGGAGCCAAGCAGGACCAGCCCAGGGUGGGCCUGUGGGAGGGUGGCUGUAGGUGGGGAAGGGCAGCGUCCCACAGAUCAUGUUGGAGAAGGGAACCGGCCUCCCUGUGUCCUGGUGAUGACCAGGCUGCGGGCUGGCAGGGCUCCAUCGUGGCGAGCCCGAACAUUGGUGUGACACGGGGUCGAGGUGGAGGCCUGAGCCUUGGCAGUCCCGUGCGGCGCUGCAGCCUGGCCCUGGUGGCCCCUCAGCCCGUGCUGCUUUCUGCUGGACUCCGGUCCUCUUAUCCACUUGGAAAGAAGCCAGUCCUUUUUUUUUUUUUUGUAUGGUCAGUUGACCAGAGCGUAUUUCCUUUCUUCUUGACUGUAAAUAGUUGUGUUUUUGUUUUAAAAGGCGGGUGGAGGGAGGGCGGGAGUAUAAACUUGCUGCAUGAGUAAUGGCCCAGCCCGUAGUGUGAGCAUGUGGCUGUGGCCGGGCCUUGGGCUGCAAGGGAGCCCCAAGGGAGCAGUUCUGUACUGGCCUGGUCGCUGUCCAAGCCGGGCUUAUUUUUGUAGGACAUCAGGGCCCGUGGCUGGUAGGGCUUAGGGACCCGCUGCUGUGGGAGGAUGUCAAUUGUGAUUCUGAAUAAACAAGCAAACCUUCCAGUUGG